GUUGACUUCGAGCCGAGCGGACGCGCGUUUGUCGUUCAGCGGAUGAAAUAGAAAAAAAGAAGAAGUAUCGCCUCGAGAAAAAUUGGAACACAAUUUAUCAAUCGCGCUAUCGCACCCCCCACUUGGAUUACGGUCAACGCGAAACAACUGCAAAGAAAUAAAAUUAAGAUAUAGAAAUCGAGAAACGAAAGCAACCGAAAUCAAAAGAUAUAUGAAGAUAAUGAAAAUAAUAUAGCCAGCGGGAAGAAACAAGAAAAUCGUUUUAGAUCAAGCAUUAAAUCGGUUGUUGUGCUGUUGUUGUGAAAAGUGCCGAUUGUGCAAAGCUGCGCUAUAAAACCAAACAGAAAACAAAAUAAUUUAAAAAAUCCCAAAUAAACACACACACAAAAUGGGCGAAAAAUAGAACGAGCAGUGAAAGACCAAAAGAAGCCCCCAUAACCUCCCCGAUUAACCAAAAUCGAAACCCCAUUCGAAGUUUAGGAACCACCAAAAAUGCUGGCCACCACCCACAUGCUGUACGUGCUGAUUGCCACCUGUGUAAUACCCAUAUUCGGGGCAGCCCUCAGCAAGACGGUGUUGUACCAGGCUCCCGAUGAGUGCCGCUGGUCCGGCGGCGGGGAGCAUGACAUCACCCUGGUCUGUCACCUUAGGACCAUCAACUCGGAGCUGGAGAACACCAACUUCAGCGUGAUCCAGCCGCAGAACACAGUGCGCCUGCGUCUGGAGUGCAACGAUGCCCUGUUCUUCCAGAGCAGUCUGAGCCCGGAUAGCUUCAGAUCGCUGGUGGAACUCAGGGAUCUCACCAUCGAGUACUGCAAGCUGGGCAAUCUCACGGAUGGAUCUUUCCGUGGUCUGCAGGAGCUGCGAAACCUCACCAUUCGCACGCACAAUGGCGACUGGUCCACCAUGUCGCUGGAGAUGGCAUCCAAUAGCUUCGUGGAGUUCCGCCAGCUGGAGCGUUUGGAUCUGAGUCUCAACAACAUCUGGCUUAUACCGGAUGGCAUGGUGUGCCCACUGAAAUCUCUGCAGCACCUGAAUGCUUCGUACAACAAAAUUCAGGACAUCAGCAACUUCUACUUCAGUGCCUCGCUUAGUUCGCGGAAGGCACGAGUUUGCGGCUCCACGCUGCAAAGUCUGGAUCUGAGUGCCAACAAGAUGGUCAGCUUGCCCACGGCCAUGCUAUCGGCUCUGGGCCGACUGACCCAUCUGAAUAUGGCCAAGAACAGUAUGAGUUUCCUGGCCGAUCGCGCCUUUGAGGGUCUUCUUUCGCUGAGGGUUGUGGAUCUUUCGGCGAACCGAUUGACCUCUUUGCCGCCAGAACUCUUCGCGGAGACCAAGCAACUACAGGAAAUUUACUUGAGGAACAAUUCCAUCAACGUACUGGCCCCAGGAAUCUUCGGAGAGUUGGCGGAACUCUUAGUUCUCGACUUGGCUACCAACGAACUGAAUUCCCAGUGGAUCAAUGCUGCCACUUUUGUGGGUCUCAAGCGUCUCAUGAUGCUGGAUUUAUCGGCUAAUAAGAUCAGCCGCCUGGAGGCUCACAUUUUUAGGCCCCUGGCCAGCUUGCAGAUCCUGAAACUGGAGGAUAACUACAUCGAUCAGCUGCCGGGGGGAAUCUUUGCGGAUCUCACCAACCUGCACACACUGAUCCUCUCGCACAAUCGCAUCUCAGUCAUCGAACAACGCACUCUGCAGGGUUUGAAGAAUCUACUGGUGCUUUCCUUGGACUUCAACAGGAUAUCCCGAAUGGAUCAGAGAUCCCUGGUAAACUGCAGCCAGCUGCAGGAUCUGCACUUGAACGACAACAAGCUGCAGACUGUGCCCGAAGCUCUGGCCCAUGUUCCCCUACUCAAAACCCUCGAUGUGGGCGAGAACAUGAUCAGUCAGAUCGAGAAUACUAGCAUCACCCAGCUGGAGAGUCUGUAUGGCCUCCGGAUGACGGAGAACUCUCUCACCCACAUCCGGCGAGGAGUCUUCGAUCGCAUGAGCUCCCUGCAGAUCCUCAAUCUGUCCCAGAACAAGCUGAAGUCCAUCGAGGCUGGUUCUCUGCAGAGGAAUAGUCAGCUUCAGGCCAUCAGACUGGAUGGAAAUCAGCUAAAAUCCAUUGCUGGUCUCUUCACGGAACUGCCCAACUUGGUGUGGAUGAAUAUCUCUGGCAAUCGUCUUGAGAAAUUCGAUUACUCGCACAUUCCCAUCGGAUUGCAGUGGCUGGAUGUUCGGGCCAAUAGGAUUACGCAGUUGGGCAACUAUUUCGAGAUCGAAAGCGAACUGAGUCUGAGUACCUUUGAUGCCAGCUAUAAUCUGCUGACGGAGAUAACGGCUAGCUCUAUACCAAAUAGUGUGGAGGUUUUGUACUUGAACGACAACCAGAUCUCCAAGAUCCAGCCGUACACGUUCUUCAAGAAGCCCAACUUGACGCGGGUGGAUUUGGUGAGGAAUCGCUUGACCACCUUGGAACCCAAUGCUCUCCGCUUGUCACCCAUCGCCGAGGAUCGCGAGAUUCCGGAGUUCUAUAUUGGCCACAAUGCCUACGAGUGUGACUGCAACUUGGACUGGCUGCAAAAGGUGAAUCGUGAGUCGCGUACUCAGCCGCAACUCAUGGAUUUGGACCAGAUUCACUGCCGGUUGGCAUACGCUCGAGGAUCUUCACAUGUCUCCCUGAUAGAGGCCAAGUCCGAUGAUUUUCUUUGCAACUACGCCUCACAUUGCUUUGCCCUGUGCCAUUGCUGCGAUUUCCAGGCGUGUGACUGCAAAAUGGAGUGCCCGGAUAGGUGUUCCUGCUACCACGAUCAGUCCUGGACAUCGAAUGUGGUGGACUGCAGCCGGGCUUCCUAUGAGCAGACUCUGCCAUCACACAUUCCCAUGGAUUCCACUCAGCUGUAUCUGGACGGAAACAAUUUCCGGGAGCUGCAGAGUCAUGCGUUCAUCGGUCGCAAGAGGCUAAAGGUGCUGCACUUGAACCACUCCAGGAUCGAGGUGCUUCACAAUCGCACCUUUUAUGGACUUCUGGAGCUGGAGGUUCUCCAAUUGCAAAGUAAUCAGUUGAAGGCCUUAAAUGGCAACGAAUUCCAGGGAUUGGAUAACCUCCAAGAACUGUAUCUACAGCACAAUGCUAUAGCUACGAUCGAUACCCUCACCUUUACGCACCUGUAUCACCUGAAAAUCCUGCGAUUGGAUCACAAUGCCAUCACAUCAUUCGCCGUCUGGAACUUCCUGCCCAGUUAUCUGAACGAACUGCGUCUGGCCUCCAAUCCCUGGACCUGCAGCUGUGAAUUCAUUGAUAAGCUUAGGGACUACAUGAAUCGUCAUGAGUAUGUGGUGGACAAGCUGAAGAUGAAGUGCGAUGUGAUUAGUGGAAAUAGCACCCAACAGAUGGUCAUCUACCCGGGAUCCGGAGAAGCUGCUACCCUGCCCGUUGUUCAGUGCUCUCAGACCCUGCCUUUGGGUCUGGAUAACAGCUUUAACUAUGCAGAGCAGGCUGGUGGCGAGAAUGCCUCGAAUGCCACCUCCACGAAAAUGAUCCUAAAUCAGCCGCCGAAACUGGAUUACAUACCCAUCCUGGUGGCCAUUCUGACCGCCUUCAUAUUCGUAAUGAUCUGCAUUUCGCUGGUCUUCAUCUUCCGCCAGGAGAUGCGUGUUUGGUGCCACUCGAGAUUCGGAGUCCGACUCUUUUACAACGCCCAAAAGGAUGUAGACAAGAACGAGAGGGAGAAGCUGUUCGACGCCUUCGUUUCGUACUCCUCCAAGGAUGAGUUGUUCGUCAACGAGGAGCUGGCUCCCAUGCUGGAAAUGGGUGAACAUCGCUACAAGCUGUGCCUGCACCAGAGGGACUUUCCUGUGGGUGGCUAUCUACCGGAAACCAUCGUGCAGGCGAUCGACAGCAGCCGGAGAACCAUAAUGGUGGUCAGCGAGAACUUCAUCAAAUCGGAGUGGUGUCGGUUCGAGUUCAAGUCCGCCCAUCAGUCGGUGCUAAGAGAUCGUCGCCGGCGAUUGAUAGUUAUUGUGCUGGGCGAGGUGCCCCAGAAGGAACUCGAUCCCGAUCUUCGCUUGUAUCUGAAGACGAACACGUAUCUGCAGUGGGGCGAUAAGCUGUUCUGGCAAAAGCUGCGCUUCGCUCUACCGGAUGUCUCCUCAUCGCAGCGAUCCAAUGUUGCCGGGCAGAGUUGCCAUGUGCCGAUCAACCACGCCUCUUACCACCACCACCACCACGUCCACCAGCAGGCGAUGCCACUGCCCCACUCGGUGCAUCAUCAUCAGCAGCAGUUCAUGCUGCCACCGCCACCGCAGCAACCUGGCAGCUUCCGCCGGCAACCAUCGUUGCACCAACAGCAGCAGCAACAUCGCGGCAACAACAACACGACGCAGCAGCAGCAGCAACAGCAGGCGGCCUUGCUGAUGGGCGGUGGGUCGGUGGGUGGGCCUGCUCCACAGAUGAUUCCCCUGGCGGGUGGCAUCCAGCAGCAGAGCCUACCAUUGCCACCGAACCAGCAACCGACGCCGGCGUCUAGAAAUCUGCACAUGUGAGUGGGGUUAGCUUUAAGCAGAGGGUUAAAGGCAAGGUUGAGUUGGAAGCUGGAGAGGAUUGGGAGAAUCAGUGUUUUUAUGUUUGGCUAUCUUCUGGAAGAAUGAUUUUAUUCUAAAUUAAAUGUUUUUAUUUUUCAAUUUCCUUACGCUUCAAGAUGGUAAAGCAUAUUUAUUUAUAUGAUAAGGUCAAAACGCAUCAUAAGAAUCAUUUAAAGUCCAGACCACGAUCUUGUUCAGUUAUGAAAAGUGAUCUGGAAUAUCCGCUGGCCGAAAAAAGAAGUACACCAGCUGAAAACAAGUUUAACUUCCUUGGGUUUCAAAAUAAAGUACAAGGGGGAAUUGCAUUCAAUAUGCAAAUGCGAGCGUUUAGCGAUAAAAGCCUAGUUACAUGUUGAAAUAGCAAAAGUAAAAGAAAAAUCGAGUGGGGAAAGAACAGGCAGCACCAGGAACAAUAACAACAGCAAAAGAAAAACAGUAAAAUAGCUGGCGAGCCAGGCAAUUGUUGUUUGUUGGCCCUGCUCUGUUUUCUUACGGCCAGCUAUUUUCAGUUUCCUGACUCGCAGCUAGAUUCUGAAAAUUGAUGUUGCAUGCAACACAGCAACAGCAACGAACGACUGAGAACUACACGGGGAAAAUUUGAGGAAUUUAUUAAAGGCCUAAUUGAUAUAUUUUUAUUAAAAUUAAACUUGAAGUUUAGAAAGAUACAAUAGCCGAAUGAUAAAAUUUUAAAGUACUGUCAUGCAGAAUUGAUAUAUAUUUUUUUUAAUGUUUCACUUUGAGGUUUUUAUCAGUGAUGAUCCUAUUUAUUUCCUGUGUAGAUCAAACACCAACCAGUCAGUCAGCAACAAAAGGCCCAAAAGUAUUUCUCUUGGCUUUAUUUUUUCGUUCCUCCUUAUUCUCCUUUAUUUUGUCGUUUUCCUGCAUUUUUUGUUGUUUUCUUCUGUUUUCCUCGUUUUCCUCGUUUUCCCCGUUUGCAACGCUCACUCGUUAGUUCAUCUUAACUGCUGCAUUUUGCUAUAACAAGCUCGACGUGUGUAGAAGAUACACCCGUGUAUCUGUAUCUGCAGCAGCUGUAGUCGAAUCCGCAUACGAAUUCGUAUCUGUAUCUGUGCAUCUGUGGCUGUAAAUGUGACUGCGCGGGUUGGGAAAAAUAGGCAAAGGCAACGCAAAACAUCACAGAGCUCAUGUCUGGCCAAAAGGAAAAUGGUAACAAAAAGCAGACCUUAGACGUUAGACGGUAUACGUUAGAGUACCGAAAACCCAGACCGUCUGCAGACAGUUGCUGUGCGGGUUAAAAUUGGUUUUGGUUUUUGUUGCCACUUUUUUGUUUUGCCCCCUUUCUGAGCCACAAUUACAUGUGCUAAUCAAUGGCAGAAAAAUAGAUAGCAAGAUGUUGGCAGAGGAACAAUUGUGUGAGAAGGGAAACAAUUGUAGGGGAUUUAGCCCCGAUAAAAUGGACUUACAUCCAACAAUUAAUGCCAGUUAAUUGUAUCCCAGCAUUGGAAGAUAAAGACAUGGAAAUAGAAUUCCCCUAUAAUAGGGAGUCACUUCUGCAGAUCACGCUAUGCCCAGAUUUGAUUAGGAAACAAAGCUUUCUAUUUUUUUUCCCUACCCAGCUAGUCAGCGAUUAAGUAGAACCAGAAAGAAUUUCCCAGAGUGAAACUUCCAAUUGUGACCUUGCUGCAACGAAAAAAA